AUGGCCGCAGGACUCGCUGUCAUGCAGUUAUAUUUCGUCUUUAUUUUACUGGGCUCUCUAUACCGUUGGCUGCACUGCAUCGAGUUGGAUGACUUUCGAGAGCAAGAUGAGCACUCUCGCUUGUUGCUGUACUUAAUAAGACGCAUUCGCCUAGAGCGAGACUAUGAUACCAUUGUGGUCUAUGGGAGUGAGCCGUGUGUGUUUCAUGAGCUGCUGCCUCAGCUGGGGCUGCCCACAGUGCUGCUCGCUCAGGGCAGCAGCUGGGAGGAUUGGAGUUUCAGCAGUGAGUCGCUGCUGCUCAUCUGCAACUCAAAUGCCGAGCAGGAGCAGAAUCCGCACACUUUACUCAAGCUGCAGCAGGCACGGCGAUUGGUCUAUUUGGAGCCGGAGAAGCAACCGACGGAAGUCUGUGAGGCGUACUUCGAGCGGGAGCAGGUUAAUGUGGCCAUGGUGGAUGCAGUGGGUAAUCUGUAUAGCUGUCGCUGCUUUCAGCAGGAGAAUUAUAUUCAGCUGACUCUCAACAUAAGUCACAGCUACAAAACAGAGUCCACAGCCCUGGUGAACUUAAAUGCCGACAAAGACUCCGAGGCCAACUCCAACAACGAAUUAAUUUACGUGGAGCAAUUUGCCAACAUGCGCGGCUCUCCCAUUAGAAGCGAGCCUGAUCAGAUCCGCCCUCGUGGCAUCCUGUAUCGCGAUCCGGGAACAGGCAAGUAUAAGAUGAUGGGCACCGCAGCCAACUUGAUCAAUACGUUCGUGGAGCGUGUGAAUGCGACGUUGAAGCUACGCGAUGACAUUGGCGAGGGCAAGAAGCUUCACUUCAACAACAUUAUUCAAAGGGUGAUGCUCAGUCAGCUGGAUAUCGCUGCCACGCUGUCCACCACGCUGAAUGCAGAGAGCUUUGACUAUCUAAGCUAUCCGUAUAUGCACAGCUCGUUCUGCUUUAUGAUACCCUUGCCGCAGGCCCUGGAGUACGAGGAGAUCUUCACAAUCAUAAUGCAGCCUCUGGUGGCAGGCGUGAUAGUCGUUCUGCUGCUGAUCUUUUCUCUCCUUUAUAUCUAUGGCCAGGACUUGAACUGGCGCAGGUUCAGCCUCAUCGAUAUGCUGCUCAACGAUCGCUGCCUGCGCGGUCUGCUGGGACAAUGCUUCCCGAUGCCCGCCCGGACUAGUCGCUAUCUAAAAGGCAUUUGCUUGCUCAUCUGCUUUACGAGUCUCAUCAUCACCACCAUGUACGAGUCCUAUUUACAGGCCUACUUCACGAGUCCGCCACAUGAGCAGAUGCUGCGCAGCUUCGAGGAUGUUCUGAGAUCUCGUUACAAAAUUGCCGUGGAGCGCGGAGACGCAAGCCAUUGGCUCUUGCAGAACUUAAGCCUGACCACAACCAAUGCACGUCGCGCUCACCUUCUGGAUGAUUGGAAAGAGUUUUUUCGCAUACGUGAUUCAUUUAAUGCCAGCUUCGUUUAUCCAGUCAUGGAGCUGCGCUGGCUGUCAUUACAAGAGCAGCAAAAUUAUUUCCGGAAGCCCGUCUUCUACUACUCCCACGAUAUUUGCUUGCAGCACUUCCUGCUGCUAUCCCUGCCCCUUCGUCGCCAUCUGCCCUAUCGCCAGCUCUUCGACCGGCACAUUCUGGCCAUGCAAGAGUUUGGAAUUUCGCAGUUCUGGAUGGCGAACAGCUUCAAUGAGAUGGUUCGCUUAAAAGUGGCUUCACGGAAGGAUUACAGCCAUCCAAAGCAGCCGGAGGACCGAGUUUAUUUAAGAGAUCUAACCCAGAUUUUUAUAUUCUACUUAGCAGCUCAUUAG